CUGGAGCAGUCAACCCACGUGGAGACACUUCCUGAAAGGGGGGGGGGUGGCCUGAUCAACACAUUGAAAUAUCUGUUUUCAAGUGACUUUUAAGCUAUGGAAGAAUUACCUGCGGAUCUCAAAGCUUUCCUUUUAAAUCACCCUUUUCUUCAGCUCAUUGAUGGCAAAAAGAUCAAAUGUACACUGAAUGGCCACGAGUUUCCAUGCAACCUGUCUGAGCUGCAGAAUUUCACUAAAGGGAAGAAAUAUGAGAAACUGAGUGCUACAGCAGAGUUCAACUACAGCCAGUAUGAGCCACACGUUGUGCCAAGCUCAAAACAACCUAAUCAGCUGUUCUGUAAGCUGACCCUCAGACACCUCAACCGGCAGCCUCACCAUGUCCUGAGACAUGUCAACGGGAAGCGCUUCAACAAGGCCCUCGCCAAAUACGAGGACUGUGUGAAGCAGGGGAUUGACUUCGUUCCAGCCAGACUCAAACAGAAAAGGCCCAAAGCUAUCAGAGAGGACUUCAAUCAGGGGAGAGCCCCGAAACAUGGAAACAACGUGUGGGAACCCUCAUCCAGUGACGACGGUCACAGUGACUCAGAAGACAGCAUGAGUGACCUCUACCCAUCGUCUAUGUUCACUUUAAAUAAAGAGGCAGAGGAAGCCAUGGAGGAUGGCGGGGGUGAGAAAGAAGAUGACUUCCAGACAGAUGAGGAUGAGGAUGAGAAUGAAGAGAUGGAGGUGGACAAGCAAGUGCAACAGAAACGUAAAAAGGUCCAGGGUAGUGGUCUUCAGAAGAAAUUCAGAAAUAACAACUGGAAAUCGGGACGUAAUAAGAAAAAGUUGAAAGCUCAAAGUGGAAAAUAAAACGCUGAUCCGUAUCUGAAGAGUUUUUAUACCUGGACAUUAUUCAGGCAACAAACACUGACAUCCAGUUUGGAGUAGUAUUCCUGUAUCUGAGGAUAGACUCACCUUCGUAUAAGUGAACAUCGCUUACAUUUUUCAUUUUUUCUGUGUAUGAAAAAUGUAUUUUUGUUGUUGCGAGGCGGGUUUACAUGUCAUGGAAAGUGUGUUUGUGGCAGUAAACAGAUCAUUUGUACUGGAUAUGUUUGUUUUCUGGUUUGCAACCAAGAGCACUGUCCAAAAAUACAACUCUGUUUGCACUUGCA